CAUAGCGACCCACAGCAUCCCACGGCCCCCCCACUGACACAGGAUCUCUGGGGCACCCCAAAUCCAACAUCAUCUCCCCAAGAUCUAUGGGGCACCCCGAAACUGUCAUCGUCUCCUGGGACCUAUGGGGAGCCCCAAAACUACCGCCAGCCCCCUAAAUGUCGGGGGGCCCCCUCUGCGAGCUGUGGGGGCGACGCCCUGGGCGGUGCUUCCUGCCCGCGCUCCCCGCUUCCUGCCUGCACUGCGCUCGCACCAUCCCCUGCCAACGGCCGCGGCCCCACAGGUCCCACCCCCCAGCCCGGGGCCAUGGGGCACCACCUCCCAGCUCGUAUGGCCAUCACCUUCUGUGCCCUCCUGGUCACCUGUGCCGCCCCCUCGGACCCCAGCACCGAUGCCACCUUGGGUGCAACCAUGGGCUCUGACCCGACCAAGAUGGUCACCCAUUCCCCGCUGGCCAUCACUGGCCACCAGACAGCCCAAAUGGUCACCACCAGCUCCAAAACAUCCCUGUUGGGCACCACGGGCCACCAACCAGCUCCACUGGUCACCAGUGCGCCCUCACUAGCCAUGAUGGCCCCCAUCAGCCCGCAGAGGUCCCUGGAGUCCACCACCGACCACCAAGAAGUCUCAGUGGCCACCAUGGGCCACCAACCAGCUCCACUGGUCACCAGUGCGCCCUCACUAGCCAUGAUGGCCCCCAUCAGCCCGCAGAGGUCCCUGGAGUCCACCACCGACCACCAAGAAGUCUCAGUGGCCACCAUGGGCCACCAACCAGUCUUGAAGACCACCAAAGGCCAAAAAGUGGCCCCAAAGACCACCAUCAGUUUCCAGUCAACUUUGGAGACCACCGUUGGCUACCACUUGAUCUUGGAGACCACCACAGCCCAUCGACCAACCUCAAGGACCUCCGUUGGCCACCCAACAACCCCAGAGACCACCACGGACCACCAAUCAGCCUGGAAGCCCACCACUGGCCACCAACCAGCCUUGAAGACCACCACAGGCCACCAACCAGCCUUGAAAACCACCACAGGCCACCAAUCAGCCUGGAAGCCCACCACUGGCCACCAACCAGCCUUGAAGACCACCACAGGCCACCAACCAGCCUUGAAAACCACCACGGGCCACCAAUCAGCCUGGAAGCCCACCACUGGCCACCAAUCACCCUUGAAGCCCACCACCGGCUACCAUUUGACCUCAGCAACCACCACCAGCCACCACCCAGCCCUGAAGAUCACCACGGCCCCCUACCCAACGUCCCACCCAACACCGGCCCACCAGAAGAGCUCAUGGCAAUGGCUGGUGGCAGUGGUGGUCACGAUGGCUGUAUUGCUGGCCAUGUGUACAGUGCUGGCGGUGUGGCUCCACUACCGGCAGCGCCGCUCGGGCUCCACAUCCUUCGGGCCGUGGGCCGGCCCGGUUCAGCUCCCCGAGAACGAUGGCUGCGAUGGGGCGGGUCUGGUAACCCAACCCUUGGUGGCCACCACGGCCACUGGGCAAGGGGGGACCAUGCUCAGCACCUUCCAAACCACCCCAGACUCGGUGGCCAUGGAGGAGCUGCCAGACCCCCAUACGGACCCCCCGGCUAACGGGGACCCCGGCAUCCAGGACACGUCCCCACCUCCCUCCCCGAAAUAACCGCCGCAGCUUCCUGUUGACGAUGGGGCAGGAAGAGGACCUAGAUCUCCACCUUCCCCCCCUCAAGGGUGGGCCCUUUGCAUCGUUUCUGUCGUCAACCUGCGUUAUUUCUUAAUUUUUACUUUUAUUUUUUUAGGGAUAAGCUAUUUAAUAAAAAAAACAA